CCUUAUCAGUUGCUGUCACGGGGCGGCAAAGGACGGAACCGCGUUCGCGGCAGAAACGACCGCUUCCAUGGCUUCGGAGGAAGACAUCCUGGAAAACAACAGCGUCGAAGAUGUUGCCUGGCUCUGUUCGCUGUCGGAAUCGGAGCUCGAUCUGCUGAUGGGUUUGAAGACGCUGGCGCUUCAGCGAGCGAGAGGGAUCGGCCGGGAGCAUCUCGCCGAGAAGUUCGAUCUGAAGAUGCUCCGAUCCAUGGGGAUGAUUUUGAUGGAGCAUCUCAAAGUGAAGGUUAAGGAUUUGGAAGGAAUCCCUGGUUUGGCUGGGUCUGCCUCACAUCUAGAUGCAUCCAAUCUAUUGAAGUCGAGUCUUGAGAAUGUUAUGACACUCGAGGACAUAAAGGCAUGUCUAGAUACUCAUUUGAAGAGAGGACCAUUAAAGAGGCAAUGCGAAGAAGCGACGCCAAAGCAGAAAAGGCAGGAUGAUGAAAUGUAGAAGUUUAUGAGACCUCAUGGAUUUGAAGGGACAACUAGAAGAUUUUGCAAGCAGUAGAUGCUUCCUCUGUUGCUUGGCUGGUAACAUACACAACAAAUCAGCAAAUCUCAGUUGUCAUUUGCUCUCCUCAUUUCAGAAACUAUGCGGAAAAGAAACUACUGCAGGCGAUUCUCUCUAGCAUAUACAUUGUCACAACUGUAAUAUAUAUGUGACAUUAAUUAAUCGAGGUUCCUUUUUGCCAUGGAUAAAGCAGUGUUGAAAUUACCAUGAGUCAGUGUAAUUCACGCUUGCCAAGCCAGUCGUAGUCUCUCCUUGCUGAGAUCUCUGAGUGAGGUCAAGCUGUGACAUUUGAAGAGGUUUCAGGCAUUUCCAUAAAAAUCUGGAUGUCAUCUGGCAGAGGUCAUCUCUUUAUAAAUAUUUGUGUUAGCAUAUGGUGGUUUGACUUUGGAUCAUGGUAGGACUUCCAUUGUGGGGACUCACUUAUCCUCACUGACGAGUGAACAGAUGCGCACGCACACUCAUGAAUCAGACGCUCAGCGGUAUUUCCUCUCUGGGCCAUGCAGCUAUUCCCUAGUCACCACAUCCUCACAUUGUUUUUGUUCUUCUGAUUGCUGUUUCAUUGCUAAGUUAUGAACGAGUCUAUGACUGUUGAAAACAAUUUCAUGGACAUGCAUCCUUUGCUCACUCAUUUGAACGUGUGUUGUCCAAGACACGGGGACGAUGGAAAAUAUAUAUAUGGUUUUUAGUA